GAAAAGGAAAGGUUGAUUAACCUGUUGCGUGAUACCAGUACGAUUGUUUAUUAAGAGAGUUGUUCUACAAGUAUAAAAAAUCGCAACAAAAAAAUUUACCACAUUUCUUAAAAAGAAAAAAAAAAUCUGCAAACUCGAUAGUCCCUUUUGUUAAGAAAUGAUAAGAACUGUUUGUCUACAACAUAAUUUUUUAAAGACAAGCUUAAUGGAAAGUAGAAAUAAAUGAAGUCACUUAUUUCACAGCUGAGGAGAGUAAUUUGAUGUGCAGUCUUUGCAUAACGACUCAAUAUUCAUUUGGAGUUACAUUACCAUUUUAAUACAUUCGAGAAUAUAUAUGCAAAUAAAAUGAAGCCUACAAAAUGGUUGAAUGCUUACUCAGAACAGCAAACUUGCCUUUAUACUUUGCCAUCACUAUUAACAUUAUGUGAUUUAAAAAAUGAUAAAUAUUCCAAGUUAAUAGUUGUUGAUAUACCAAAGGAUUUCAAAGGGCGAGCUAAAUUAAAAGUGUAUAAAGGCACUGGUAUGGUAAGUGAACAGGGUCUGCCAGGUAUACCAUCGUCCGUAAAAAGUUUUUAUAUCGACGAGCCGGAACCAAAAAUUCCUAUAAUAGCAGUCUCAAUUUAUUCAUCUGUUUUAUUUUAUCGAAACUUGAAACCGUACUACAAAUUUACGUUACCUGAAAUGACAAUCGAACCGCUAGAAAUUGACGUUUGGCGCAGGUUACCAAUCGAAAAACCAUCAAAUCAACAAAGUUUAAUCGAAAAUUUAGCCUCUAUUGAUGCAUCGAUUUUAACUGUACAGUCGCAGAAAUUAUUGAAUUUGCCAGUUGAAGAGAGAGAUGAAUAUAUUAAAAAGUAUGCGGAUACUCCCUUACAACGAUUGUCUGUUAUAACGGCUAUGACUUCCUUACAGCGGACAUCAAGUGAUUCUAAUCCACCAUCUUGCCUAGUUUUAACUACUGAGCAUGGUGAAAUAUUAAUGAUUGAUACACAUAGUUUUGGAAUAAUAUACCAAGCUAGAAUUUGUCCAUAUGAAACGACUCCUAGUUUAAUCACAGCUAGCGGGCAAUUUGAUACAGAUUUUCGAAUUGUAAUAGCAAGUAGAGAAGGUGCUUUGUAUUUAUUAAGAAAAUCUUGGCUUGAGGGAAGAGAAAUUAUACGCAUCGAUGAACCUGCUAUUGGAUUAGUUCUAUUACCUGUUGAUCAAACUAUUGUUGCAGCUGGAAUGACAAACACUUUAACUUGUUAUUCAAAAAAAGGGAAAAAACUGUGGUCGGUUGAUUUGGUUGAAGCACCAAUAUGUAUGACUCCAGUUCACCUGCCACAUCUAGCAAUGACUCUAAUUGCUGUAGCUUUAAAAGGUGGUCUAGUUCAAUUGUAUUCACAGAGAAUGGUCGUUGAUGAAUUUCGUUUGGAAAACACUGUACAAGCAAUGAUAUUUGGUCACUUAGGACAAGAAGAGCAUUGUCUUAGUUUAGUACUUGAAGAUGGCUCUUUGCUAGUAAAAAUUUUGAAAAGAACUGCAAAUUUUGAAGCCGCUGACGUAUUAAGUGGAAGUAAAACAAAUCUCUCUGAUACGUCGCUAACAAAAAAUCCAAAAUUGGAUAUUCCUAAAAAAAGUUCAAUAUUUGUUGAGCAAACUAUAAGAGAAAAAGAGAAUGCAAAAGCAAUGUAUGGUAACUUUCAAGUUGAAUUAUGGCGGUUACGAUUAACAGCUGCUAAAGCUACAGUUGAAGCUAUAAGUACAUCAGAGAGUACAAUAUCUGGAGACUCGAAACAUGCCCCAAUUAAAUUAGCAGCAGAAAUUUGUGGAGUUGGACCACAAUUUCGUUUAUUUUUAACUAUUGAAAAUAUGUCAACUACGAAACCAGCCACAUUUUUGACGGUGUUAUUGCAUGCAGAUAAAAAUCAUUAUCAAUUACCUAAGGCAGUAGCAAAUUUACCUACUUUGAUUCCGGGAAUUCCAAUGAAAAUUGACUUUGAAGUAAACGCAGUAUUAGAUCCAAUAGAUCACUUACCACCAUCAGAUUUGACCGUUGAAAAGGCUAUUGUUAGGAUAUUUAUACUUAAAAAAGGAAAUACAAAACCACUUAUUGCAGCUGUUGUUACUAUGCCUGAGUCAGAAGCACCCUUAGAUAUGUAA